CGAGACUGGCUGAGGGGUGGGAGCUCCAGAGACGGGGAAAGUAGAUGAGAGGGAGAGAAGUAAAGAGAGAAACUGAGGGAAAUCAGGAGAGGAGAGGAGACCAAAAGGAAAAAGAGCAAAUCAGCCCAGUAGCACUACUCUGAGAGCUGCAGUGAUCCAGGCUGGGAGGGGGAAAUUCAGCUCACCAGGGGAAGAAAAUUAAACAAAAAAUACCAGCUUUUUUUUUUUUUUUUUUUUUUUUUCCUCUUCUGGGUUCAGAAAUCAGAAGAUCCCCUACAGUGGAGACGGAGCAGGAAGGCAGAGGAACCAGAGAGCUUCUGCAGCCUCCGACUGUCCUGCAGGAGAAGAUGGAUUCAGACUCCGGAGAGCAGAGUGACGGAGACCUCUCUCCAGGACAGGAGAGCUUCAACUCUCGCUCCCUGGCGCUGCAGGCCCAGAAGAAGAUCCUCAGCAAGAUGGCGACCAUGGUGGUGGCCAACAUGCUGACGGACGACGCCAGCAGCGAGAUCCUGGACGAGCUCUACAAGGCCAGUCGGGAGUUCACCAAGAGCAAAAAGGAGGCCCACAAGAUCAUCAAGGACGUCAUCAAGAUCGCGCUGAAGAUUGGAAUCCUAUACCGCAACCACCAGUUCAGCCCGGACGAGCUGGACACCGUGGAACGCUUCAAGAAGAAGAUGAACCAGGCGGCCAUGACGGCGGUGUCGUUCUACGAGGUGGAGUACACCUUUGACAGGAAUAUUUUGUCCGAGCUCCUGCUGGAGUGCAGGGACCUGCUUCACACCCUGGUCGAGCAGCACCUGACCGCACGCUCUCACGCGCGCAUCGAUCACGUUUUCAACCAUUUCGCCCACGGGGAGUUCCUGGCCGAGCUGUACGGGGACGGAGAGGAGUACAGACUCUCUCUGAGGAAGAUCUGCAACGGCAUCAACAAACUGCUGGAUGAAGGCACGCUUUAACCUCGCGCCCUUGACCGCUUUCACCUCUGGUUCUUUCUCCUCUCGCUUCCACCUCUCGCUGGUCUCUCCUGCCUCCUUCGAUUUCCUCUUCACUCGCUCACCCCUGACCGCCUCCGCGUCCGCCGCCUUCUUAUCGCUCGCGUCUUCCUGUUUCUUCUGCAUCCAUUUCCACAGAGGUCGUCGUAACGUCCUGCUGCUGUGGUUCAGUGAGGGAAAUUUUUUUAGACUGUCCUUCCACUCAGUGGAUCACUGCUGCACAUUUGGAUCGCCUGCUCUGCAUCUUAUGCAUCAUAGCACUCCAGUUCAUCCUCUCUGUGUGCAAAAGUGUACUGUACCAAUGGCCAAAAA